AUGUCAGAAAUAAAUAAUGCCGGUAAUUCUAAAUCAAAACGACCGUCUACGGGUUCUGUGCAAGGCCCUGCGCGUAAGAAUUUUCGUGUCGCAGAUCCAACUUUCGAACAAGAAGUGAGUGAGUUGUUAGCUUCGGAUCAGUCUGACAAUGAAGAGAAUAUUGAAGGUUUGUUUAUAUUGGAAAACGAACUAAUACAAAAUCAUGAGAGUGACAAUGAUGAAGAUCAGGACCAGGAAUCGGACCAGGUCCUAGGAGAAGAGACCGACAGUGAUAGUUCCGACAAUAUUCCGUUAGCGCAGUUCGUUGCAAGCAACUAUUACUACGGCAAAAAUAGGUAUAAAUGGUCCAAGACGCCGCCUUUGGCUAGGGUACGUACCCCACAACAUAAUAUUAUAACAUCUCGUGCUGGUUCUUCAAAAUUGACUUCUGAAGAUGGUAAGGAUCACUACAGUAUUUGGAAUAAACUUUUUGAUGAAGAAAUGCUCCAGUGCAUUCUAACUUGGACCAAUCAUAGAAUUUCUAGUUACAGAACCAAGUAUGUCCGUUAUAACAGACCAGAAUUGAAUGAUUUAGACAUGGUUGAACUAAAAGCCUUUAUUGGUCUAUUGUUUUACUCAGCUGUUUUGAAAUCAAAUGAUGAAAACACGAGUUACUUGUUCGCUUCAGAUGGCACUGGUUGUGAGAUAUUUAGGUGCGGAAUGUCAGAGACAAGAUUCUUGGUUUUGUUAUUGUGCCUACGAUUUGACAACCCUGAUGAUCGUGAAGAGAGAAUGAAGGCUGAUAAGUUGGCUGCCAUAUCCCAUAUUUUCAAUAAGUUUGUGAGUAAUUCUCAACAGUUGUAUGAAUUGAGCGAAUGUGUCACAGUGGAUGAAAUGCUCGUCAAAUUUCGUGGAAGAAGUUACAUGAUAUCAUAUAUGCCAAAAAAGCCUGGUAAGUAUGGAUUGAUAAUACGAGCAUUAUGUGAUGCCAAUAACUUUUAUUUUUAUAAUGGAUAUAUUUACUCUGGAAAAGGCUCGGAUGGUAUCGGACUGACAGCUCAAGAAAAAAAAUUUCUAGUUCCAACUCAGUGUGUCCUACGCCUCACAAAACCCAUUCAUGGAACCAACCGUAAUGUGACGGCUGACAAUUGGUUCUCAUCUAUAGAGCUCGUAGACCAACUAUCAUCACGGAAACUGACGUAUGUGGGUACUCUGAAGAAAAACAAAAGGGAAAUCCCGAAAGAAUUUCAGCCAAAAAAGCAAAGAGAAGUAAACUCUACUUUAUUUGGAUUUACGAGCACAAAAACGUUAUGCUCAUACGUGCCAAAGAAGAAUCGAGCAGUGAUACUUGUAUCUUCCAUGCACCAUAGUAACCAGGUAGAUGAAAAUACAAAAAAACCUGAAAUUAUAAUGUAUUAUAAUUCCACUAAAGGAGGUGUCGAUGAGGCUGACAAAAAAUGCUCGAUUUACUCCAGUAGCCGUCGAACAAGGAGAUGGCCCAUGGUGUUGCUAUAUCGUGUCCUAGACUUGACUGCCAUGAAUGCGUACAUUUUAUAUAACAUGCAUCAACCAAAAGCUGUGGAAAGAGGAGAUUUUCUAAAAAAACUAGCACGUGUGCUUGUAGUGCCUCAUGUGCAAAGACGUGUUAUAAAUGCACGAUUGCCAAGAGAACUCAGGUUGACCAUGAAUCGCGUUUUAGGCGAUGAUAUGGUUACAGAAGGUGUCCAGGAUCAAGAAACCAUUCAAGGGUCCAGAAGAGCAUGUAGAAUCUGUCCCGCGAAAAAACAUAGAAUGACUACCUAUGUUUGUGUAGGGUGCAAGAAACCUGUGUGUCUUCAAUGUUCUAGACCUUUGUGCACUGACUGCCAAUAA